CAUCCCUCUCUUCUAUGUUCGCCAGUGCGCAAGCGGGAAGGGGGGGAUCUCAGUUUGAAGUCUCCGCGUCUUCUUCAUCUGUCAGACCAUCAGCUCAGUCACAUCAUAUCGAUAUACAGCAGUUUAUUUCGAGUACCUACACCUCACAAGGCUUUGAACGUAACGAAAACAAUGACCUGUUGUUAUUUUUUGGUAUUUGUUUAAGUGCUGAUCGGUUGAGGACGCGGCAUCAUCCAUCGGAAACGAGCGCAGGACGGGAUGGGAUCGCAACAGCGCAUUUAGGAUCGGCACGGGAAUGGGAAGUUUAAACGCGCACGGACUGCGAGGACUGCAGAGCCUGGUUAACAACAACCCAGGAUCUGUUUUUAAAGAAGUUUGCUUGGGUAAAUGCGUUUUAAAGUAAUCCUCACCAACAGCACAUGAUGUGCGACAGUCUGUGAAUGUGGGUUAAUAAAUUGCUAGACUGCUCUUUGGCCACAAUGAAAUCCAUCUUCUACACUCGCUUUUUCAUCCUGCUUCCGUGGAUUUUGAUCGUGAUCAUAGUGAUCGACAUCGACACUAAAAGAUCGUCGGUUCGGAACACGGCCAGCUUCUAUUUAUCACGGCUGGGAAAUGCUCAGCAGCGGCAAGACGUCCGAGCGACUCGAACCAGCAGCAGCAUCAGCAUCAGCAGCAGCCGGGGCGGGAGUAACGGCACAUCACUCCCGGUCAUCUAUGCCAUCACUCCCACUUACAGCAGAGCAGUGCAGAAAGCGGAGCUCACCCGGCUGGCCAAUACUUUUCGCCAGGUCCCGCAGUUUCACUGGAUCGUAGUGGAGGACGCAAACUCUCGAACGGAGCUCGUGUCGCGGUUUCUCGCCCGCUCCGGGUUGCGGUACACCCAUCUGAACGUGUUCACCCCGCGCAGAUUCAAGCGGACGGGGAUGCCCCGGGCUACCGAGCAGAGAAACGCAGCGCUCGGCUGGCUCAGAGGACAUCGCAUCUCUAAAGAUAAAGGAGUUGUUUUCUUCGCCGAUGAUGAUAACACUUACAGCCUUGAGUUAUUUGAAGAGAUGAGGUCAACCAGAAGAGUGUCAGUGUGGCCAGUAGGGCUCGUUGGAGGCCGGAGGUAUGAGCGACCCCUGGUGGAGAACGGAAAAGUGGUUGGUUGGUACACUGGAUGGAGGGCUGACAGACCAUUUGCAAUUGAUAUGGCAGGCUUUGCAGUGAACCUGCAGGUCAUCCUGUCAAACCCUCGUGCCCUGUUUAAGAGGAGAGGAGCCAAACCAGGGAUGCAGGAGUCAGAUUUUCUAAAACAAAUCACCAAGGUUGAGGACCUGGAGCCAAAGGCACACAACUGUACUCAGGUCCUGGUGUGGCACACACGCACUGAGAAGGUCAUCCUGGGCAACGAACCAAAGCGACAACAGGAUUCUGUUUUUAUUGAGGUCUAGUGGACUAAACUCACUGUCAGAGGAAUUGUCGAAUGGACCGGAGGGCCGUGGGUAUUUGCAAAAACUGAAAUAUAGGAUACCUGCUCUGGGGACAAGAAAUGUUCUUCAACCAAUCAAAUGCUCUGGAGUUACAACUAUGUUCCUGGUUUGUUUGUUGAUCUGCUGGAGAUUCUCAACACACUGGAUUACCUGUUACAUGGUGGUGGAUAAACCAUGGAAAAAUAGACAUCUGUAUGUAAAACUUAUCUAUUCCCAAUGCAUCCGGAGUGGAGUCUGGAAAGCCAAGCAUGGAUGCAGAUAUCCAUCACUGAACCAGAUAAAAAGGACUGGUUUUAUAAACAUUGCACAUUAAAAGCCUAACUACUGAUGGGAGGUUAUGAAGGAUACACUAUCACU